GGGCAGCGCGGCGGCGGCCGGCUGCGCAAGCGCGUCGGGCGGCCGCCGGCAGCGCAAGCAGCCGCCGGCGGCGCCGUCCCGCCACCUCCGCCUCCGCCCCCCCAAGAAGAAGGCAACCGCCGCCCGCGCACGCCCAGCAGCAGCAGGCGGCGAGGCACAAGGCGCCCGCCCAGCCCGCACGCGCGCGCCGUUGCCAAGGGCGGAGCGGCGCCCAAGCUGUCGGCCAAGACGAAGGCGAUGGCUGCUGCUGCCGCCGCAGCCAAGAAGCCUGCCAAGAAAGCGGCGGUCGUCGUCAAGACUGUCAAGGUCGUGAAGGUGGUGAGCAGCAAGGCGGCGAGACGGCCUCACCCGAAGCGGCCACCGGCGCCCAAGAAGUCUCCGCCUCACUCGCAGCCCACCACCGCCACCGCCGCCACCACAACCUCCAUCACCACCGCGACCACCACUAAGUCU